GGAAAUAACCUAAGUACAUGGUAGCACAGUUCAAGGCUCAUUAAGUUGUUUCACAGCCAGCAAGCAAACUUCAGCUCAACACCCUCGUUCCCUUUCGGCUCCAAAACAUGUCAUCCACAACCACGGAUUCAGAUUGUUCAUAUUUGGAACAAAUUCAACAAUAUCUCCUUCACAAUGAUUCAACAAUUCUAACACCACCUCAAGCUUUUCCAAGCCCUAGCCAUGAUAGUAGUUCGGAUGCAAGUGUCCACUUUGAGCACCCUUCGGAAGCGCAUGACGUGAACGCGCCACCCAAAUGGAGGCGCUACCGGGGUGUGAGGCGUAGGCCAUGGGGGAAGUUCGCAGCAGAGAUAAGAGAUCCAAAGAAAAAUGGUUCUAGGGUUUGGCUCGGAACUUAUGUUAACGAGGAGGAAGCAGCUUUGGCUUACGACAAAGCUGCUUUCAACAUGCGUGGCCAAAAGGCUAAGCUGAAUUUUCCUCACCUCAUUGGCUCUGCUGUGCAGCCGGAACCACCGUGUCUGGCGGUUUCUAAGAGGAGCUUACCAGAGUCUUCUCCCCCAACAUCACCAUAUGAUAGUUGUGAGUCAAAAGGGUCUAAGAGGAGGAAGAGCCUAGUUGAUUUGCUCAAUAACUUAGCCAAGAACAAAAGCCAAGCCAAGGUGGUAGAAAUGGCCUUGGAGGCAAAUGAGGUUGAGCAAUGGGUGAAUGAAUUGAAUGAUUGCACUCUAUUCUGGUGCUCCUAGUGUUGUUGUGUUUUUUUUUUAAAAAUUUUGUUUGUGUAGUUCCAAGUUCUUUGUUUUUUUGCUGUGCCAACAAUGCAGUUCCUAAAUAAGUUUGUAAUAAUGAUUUUUGCCCACCACGGAAGAAAUUCAAGUGCUGAUUUUAAUUUGUUAACA